CUUUGAGGUAGCCGGCUCCUCUUUCAUCUUCAUGGAAGAGGCGGUGGCGGGAAAAAACCGGUCUCCUUCGGAAGGGAAGUGGAUGACGCUCGAAUGUCAGUGGAGCGAGUCAGUGCCUAGGCGUCCAGCCUUCGUCCCCACCGAGAAGUUGAGGGACCGCACGGACCAGGGGCAGAGGAUGUCAAUGGAUAUUAUAAAGGGGAACCUAGAUGGAAUUUCAAAACCAGCCUCAAGUUCAAGAUCACGUCCUGGGAGCCGAAGUUCAAACGGUUCUCUGGAGGUGCUCUCGCCAGAACCAGGGCCUGUCAAGAUUGACAUGGUGAACAAGUUGAAUUCUGGCCAAGAGGGCCACAUAUCAUACAGUGGUGUGGAAGAAAGAAGGAGUAGUGAUGAUGCUAAGUGGGCGGACGACCCCAGGACAAAGCCAGCCAAGGAGAGCUCAGAUGAAGACCCAGACAUGCCUCAACCUCAGGCGACCCCUGAGCGUUCAGAUGAUCCCAAAUUAGAAGAGACGAAUGCUGUACUUCAAAAUGCUAUUCGUAAGAUGCACAGACUCGACAAGCUAUUGGCCAAAACACAAUGUAGAGAAAAGGAAGUUAAAAAGCAAGGUCUAGAAAUGAGAAUUAAGCUGUGGGAGGAGCUCAAGUCUGCAAAAAACACUGAAGAUUUAGAAAAUGACGAGGAGUUGGGAAACACAAAAAAGUUUCUGUGCUUGACUUCAGAAUCUGCGGGGACAGCAGCUGCAGAGCCAUUGCAUUGUGAGUUCAAAGACGCCCUUUUCUCGGUGUUUCAUACUCAGAUUCCUCCAGAAACUUACGAAAAUCUCAUGGAGAAAGAUUUUACCUGUGAUGUGGAGAAAAAUGAGCCAUUGAUCAUAACAGAAAAGCUACCAUUUUCCAAUACAGAAGCGAUUGAGCCUCGGAGUGAACACAGCCAGGGUUUCAUUAGGCAGAACACCGAACACAGCCAGGGUUUCAUUAAGCGAAACAUUGAGUUGGCCAAACAUUCGAGAAGCCCGGUGGUUAUGGUUGAAGGAGAGAAGAAAAGGCUGGAUGAGCUCCUGCAAGGCCUGGAGGAUACAGAUUCAGGACUGUCCAGUUCUGAGGGAGAUCAGUGUGGUUGGCUGGUUCCAGGAGAAGGCUAUACCCUUGCAGCUACUGAGUCUCAGCAGCUCGCCGAGAUUGACGUAAAGCUUCAGGAACUCUCUGUUGACUCUCCCACUGUCUUCAGCCUUGAAAGUCAGAGCCAUAGGGGUGAUAUGGAACAUGAUGCCGAUGAAGAAAGAAAUACGGAACCAACUCCAGGAGAGAAGAUUCUCCGGGACAGCAAAGAGCAAAGGGACCGGGAGUCUCGGCUGAGAGCCAUCGAUGGCAAGCUGAAAGAGCUCAAUGAACAGGUUGAGGAAUGCCCACUGAUAACACCCAGUAAACAGAAUGAGCGGAUUACGUGGAGAUGGCUACUUGCUAAAAUCCUUGAGCCAGAGUGAAACAAAUUACGCAGUUUGUAAAGUGUAACUAUUCUCUUUAUUUUUAUAAUACAUCAUGGUUCUCAAAGUGUGCAUCUUCCUGCAAUUUGAAAUUUAAUUGAUUUGGCAAAUACCUAUUGUAUAUCUCAUUGACACAGUGUGCUGAUCUGAUAUGUGUUCACAAGUAAGAUGAUUAAAUUGAGCUAAUGAGCC